GCGCUUGGCGGUGAUGACGCGCCGGUCACGGGCACGCGCCCUUGUGGAGUGAUGAGGCGCCGGCCACGCGCGGUCAGAUCACUGUUCUUUCUGUGGCGGCGCGGUGCUCGGUGUCGAGUGUUCGUCCGUCCUCCCCGACCCACACCGAGAGCCAGUGUUCAUGUCGGCCAAAUCUCCUGUCAACUUGUUGCUAAUAUUCGGUUCCGCAACCUUCUACCUGUACGUGCUGUCCAGGAACCUACCUCAUGCGACGUAUAAGCGGGAGCCGGUGAGCGAGGAAGAGAGCCAGGAGCAGAGGUCGUUGACGUUUCCAUCUGAUCUUGAAGAGUUGCGAGCAAUUGCUGGAUUGCUGUAUUCAUACAAAGCAGAGCACACUGGUUAUGUGUUGUUACUUUUCUGCAGUGCGUACCUCUACAAACAGACAUUUGCAAUCCCUGGCUCCUCCUUCUUGAAUAUAUUGGCAGGUGCAUUAUUUGGACCAUGGCUCGGCCUUGCCUUGUGCUGUGUUUUAACUGCCAUCGGAGCAACUUUCUGCUUCCUGCUCUCCAGGGCGUACGGCAAACAGAUUAUUGUACGUCGAUUUCCUGAGAAACUCGCAAUACUGCAAGAAAAGGUACAAGAGAAUAGGAACAGCCUGUUUUUCUUCCUCUUGUUUCUCAGGUUUUUCCCCAUGACACCAAACUGGUUCCUCAACAUCACAUCUCCUAUCCUGAAUGUCCCUCUUACCCAUUUCUUCUUCUCCAUUGUUGUUGGUCUUCUUCCUUAUAAUUUUAUCUGUGUGCAAACCGGCUGCAUCCUAUCUGAGAUCUCCUCACUAGAUAACCUGUUCUCAUGGUCCAUUCUCGUGAAACUGCUAGCCAUUGCCAUGGUGGCACUUGUGCCAGGUGCUGUAAUCAAACACUGCAGCCACCACCAGCUGGGCGAAAAGGUCAAAAAUGGUCAUGUAGAUAAUGGUCGAAAAACUCGAUGACUGAUGCUAAACUUCUGUGAUUUACAAUUUUAUAAUAUUAUGAGAGUCUUAAUAUGAAGAAAUCUUCCUGAAAUGUAGUUAUAUUUGUACUAUAGAUGCCUGUUCAGUAGAAUCUGAACCAUAGAAUUUGAAUAGUGUUCAAAGCACUAAAUGUGCAUUUUUCUACAAGCUACCUGUUUGGGUUAAAUCCGUCCAACUUACCCACCAGUUAAUUCUUCACUCACAAGUGAAGUCAGAUAGUUCAUCAUUUCUAAAACUCAGAACACUGCACUAACCAGUAGGUUGCUGUCUUGCAUUACGGGUAAUUAAAAUAAACUGUCAAGUACAGAGAUGAGAUGGGUGUUUUUAUUAAACCUCUUAAAUUCUCAGCUAGUCAGAAUCAUGACAAUUAUUUUCCUUAAAUGUAACUGUUUAAGUCUAUUUGUUUUUGACAAUUAUCAAUUGAUACGAAAAAGCCUUUGAGUAAAGUAACAGGAGAAGCAACAUUUGCACUGUUUCACUUCAGUCUAUGUGGAUUAGUCAAGAUAUAGCUUGCUGAUGUCACUAGUCUUUCCAGAUUAGGGAGCAGAGCAUUAGGGCUAUAGGUCUAAUGGUUCUAGGUCCUUUAAGGGCCUGUCCCACUUGGGUGUCAUUAGCACGUCACGCAGAUGGCGAGCGAAGAUUUUGUACAUCCCAAAAUCCUGGGGCGCCGC